AUGACGACCACUCUUGCGUACGUUUUGGAAAAUGCGAAUGCGCCUUUCGUCCUGCGGGAUGUCGUUCUUGAUGAAUUGCAACCAUCUGAAGUUCUGGUUGAGAUAAAGUAUACGGGACUAUGUCACACGGACAUCGUCGUCCAAGAAGGCGGCAUGCCAAUCGGCCACUUUCCCGCCGUCUUGGGUCACGAAGGCACCGGCAUAGUCAAACAAGUAGGCUCUGCUGUCCAAGAUAAAUCCCUCAAACCAGGCGAUACUGUCGUUCUGUCAUUCCAUUCGUGCGGCAAGUGCAAGGCCUGUCUCAGUGACCGGCAUGGCAGCUGUCCUCGCUGCACGGAGACAAACUUUUUAUCUACUGCACGCGCAGACAAAUCAUCACCCAUCUCCUUGCCAGAUGGUACACCGGUCCAUGGCCAAUUCUUCGGGCAGUCGUCCAUGAGCAAACUGGCCGUCGUGACAGAGAAGUCUGUCAUCAAAAUACCGUCUCAGACUCAAGAAUCGGACCUGCAAUAUCUAGCUCCGUUCUCAUGCGGCUACCUGACCGGCGCAGGCACAGUCCUGAACGAAUUCCGCCCCGACCCCGAAACCUCCAAAAUCGCAAUCAUCGGCAUGGGCCCCGUCGGCUUCGCGGGCCUACUAGCCGCCAAAGCAAUCGGCGUCAAGAACCUUGUUGCCGUGGACAUCGUGGACUCAAAACUGGAAAUAGCAGCCUCUCUCACGGGAGCACAUACAAUCAACAGCCUCAAACCGCCCGGUGGCGGCAGUCUAUCAGAUAAGAUACUAGCAAUAUACCCCGAAGGCGUCGACUACAUUCUCGAUACUUCCGGUCGGMCAGCGAUACUUUCGGAUGCCGUGAAGGCGCUGGCGCAUGGAGGCACGUUGGCGCUUGUGGGUGUGCCGCCGCCAACGGGGGUUAUUGAGGGGGCGGCGAAUCCUAAAAAGAUACUGCCGCAACUCAUCGAUCUUUUCAAUGAAGGGAAGUUUCCAGUUCGGGACCUUACCAAAAUUUAUCCUGCGAACCGGUUGGAUGAGGCUAUUGAGGAUCUGAAGAGUGGAACGGUAGGUCAUUCUCCUCCGCGUACUUCCGCGUAA